AUGCCUGCCAGUCGCAAUUCCCUGGGUGGUGUUUCAAGACGAUGCAUUGUUCAUGUUGGUGGCGGGGGAAAAGUCAAAACACUGCAUGCUGGAGCCAUUCGUGAACAUGAACAGGAUGCACGUGAAGUGCGCUCCGCUCUCCUCAAAAAACUUUCUUUGGUGGAGCAUGAGCGUUUGUUAAGCACAGAGAGUGGUGGACCGAGCAUGAUGUUGCAAACACCAUCUGACAAUUUCGACCUCACUAACUUCUCAACUUAUUUCAUGGAUGUAGAUUCUAUGGUCCCUCCUCCCAGCGAGGAAGGGUUCUCAGUCAGCCAUGCUGGAGAUGAAAUUUCACUCUACCAGGAGCUCGAGACACUUACAAUGACGAAAACAUGGUAUUACUUCGUCUAUCUCUGCAUACAAUCUCCUCUUACUAAAUUGAUGAAUAGUCCUGCAUGA